AUAGUGAAAGAAUUUCCCUGGCAGGGUUUUGUAGUGUUUUGUCCUCUUGAUGAGUUAUUGCAGCGGGUAGGCGACAGUCUCUUUUGUUCAAAAUGCAUUGGAAUGAUUCAUCCAAUUCCUCAGAAAGUGACAAUGAAGCUCAUUCAGCCUUUACGCAGACUGAGCACAACGUAGUUGCAGCUUACUUAAUCACAGCAGGAGUGGUAAGCAUUUUCAGUAAUAUUGUUGUUUUGGGCAUCUUUGUUAAAUACAAAGAGCUUCGGACAGCAACCAAUGCAAUAAUUAUCAACUUGGCUUUUACUGACAUUGGUGUUAGUGGCAUUGGUUACCCCAUGUCUGCUGCCUCAGACCUGCAUGGAAGCUGGAAAUUUGGAUAUACUGGAUGCCAGAUCUAUGCUGCAUUAAAUAUCUUUUUUGGGAUGGCGAGUAUUGGUUUGCUCACUGUUGUUGCAGUUGAUCGUUACUUGACAAUCUGCAGGCCUGAUAUAGGGAGAAGAAUGACUGCCCGUAGCUAUGCCACUCUAAUCCUUGCUGCUUGGAUAAAUGCAGUCUUCUGGGCUUCCAUGCCUACUGUAGGCUGGGCUAGCUAUGCCCCGGAUCCGACUGGAGCAACAUGCACAGUAAAUUGGAGGAAAAAUGAUGUGUCCUUUGUUUCCUACACAAUGAGUGUAAUUGCUGUUAAUUUUGUUGUACCCUUAACAGUCAUGUUUUACUGUUACUACAAUGUUUCCCGGGCAAUGAAACAAUAUGCCAGGAGUAACUGCUUGGAAAGCAUCAACAUAGACUGGUCUGACCAAGUAGAUGUGACAAAGAUGUCUGUUGUGAUGAUUGUAAUGUUCUUGGUGGCAUGGUCUCCAUAUUCUAUUGUGUGUCUGUGGUCUUCCUUUGGAAACCCAAAGAAAAUUUCUCCUGCAAUGGCCAUCAUAGCUCCUUUAUUUGCAAAAUCUUCCACAUUUUAUAAUCCCUGCAUUUACGUCAUUGCAAACAAAAAGUUUCGGAGGGCAAUCUUGGCAAUGGUGCGAUGUCAGAGAAGACAAGAGAUAACCAUAAACAACGCCUUGCCCAUGAGUGUAUCACAAAGUGCACUGACGUCGUAGAACUCAUGUCAUUUGCAUGCAUGAGUUAAAUGGAAAGGAGUGAAAUCUCAGUUAAAGCUAAUUAAUCUUUCGAAAGAUUAAUCUUUUGGAAUAAUUAUCUGCCCCAGACAGCUGUUUCUGUUAAUCACAAUAAUCUGUUUAGAUAGGUUAAGAAGGCAAAACGACAAAACCCAUUAAGACUUUAGGUUUUGAGAAUGGGGUUUAUUGGCCCAAUAUGUCUGUCCCAAACAAAAAGGGGUAGUGAUCACUGACUCUUACAGUGUGGACAACGUGACACAGGGCAAGGAGAACCUGAAUCAGGAAGUGCUUAAAUUCAGUAACAUGGAUUUUGCACCUCUAAUUCCUUUCAUGAAUUACUUUUUCUCAUCUUCCCUUGAAAGUUUUCCAGACUUAAAAUAUUCUGGAUUCUCCCUGUGUGAAUAUAUUUCUAUAGAAGGUGUCCAUGUUGGUAUGCUUUGCAGAGUUCUGUUUCUGUGAAUAUAUUAGCAAAAUAUCUAGCCAAACCCAAUAGCACCUGUUACCAGCUCUUAGGAAUUUUAAGGAGUUUUUGUAUAUUUUAACGUAUUUUUAAAGUUUUUGCUCACACAACCAAAUGAAUUUGUAGGAAAGACAGCUUU